AGGAGGAUAAUGUAAUAAGCUCGAGCCAGUCCAGGUCCUAGCACAACAGGAGAACCCUGGAAUGGAAACGGCAUUACUGAGGGGUUUUCAAAGACAAGAGCCAGAGCCUCCACCAGUUCUGGUUACAACGCACGAGAUCAAGGACCAUCUGAGUAGCACUCAGUUUUUUGGCCAAUUCAGCCUUGUCUGAACGGUUGAAUACAACCACAAAAGCACCCUCACCAGUAUCACCACCAUCGCUAUCGCCACGGACGCAGACGCAGAUGCAAUCACACUCGAUCUCAGUGCCGUCAGCGUCUUCUCCUCUAGUCGGAUUUCUUCACCAAGUCCAAACCAAACAUGACGUCGUCUAUUUCCAUACCCAAUGUACCAAUGCCUCCAGCUCCGCGUUAUUCCACAAAACCUAUUCUAGUCCCUACAACUUCAACCUCAACCUCACAAACGUCCCCCGCUAAUGCUACUAAUCUUUUUACUGCCACCACUGCUCCAGCUACAACUACUUCUAUUACUACUACUGCGGCUAAUGAUAGUUGUAUCACGGGGACUAGCGCAACAGCCACAUUGCCUUCAACCAACUCAACUGGUCCAACAACGAGUGCGCAAAGCAAUGGUACUUCUGCUGUUCCAACAACGACAGCAAUUGCCUCUAAUGUGGACGUGGUUGGAAAACGACUACGGGAGCAACAACUUCAGGACAGAUUCAAGGCUGCACAGAAUUUUAUUGAGCGGACAGUGGGUCAGGCCUUGCCUUCAAGCGACCUGCACGAGUCACUGAAGGAUGGAGUUAUUCUCUGCCGACUGGCGAAUCGACUACGACCGGGCACUGUCGAACAAAUCAGUCUGAAAAACCUCCCCUUUGUCAAGAUGGAGAAUAUCAGCAACUUUCUGAACGCAGCAAAACAGCUUGGCGUACAGAGUUCAGAUCUGUUUCAGACCGUUGAUCUUUAUGAAGGCAAGGACAUGAAUCAGGUGUAUCAACAAUUUUGACGCUGGAGCGCGUAGUUGGUGGAGUAGCACGGAUAGUAGCCAAAGAGAAGCGUCCUGGACCAAACCCGCUCGUAUCAUCUGGAUCUGCAUCGUCGCAAAUACCAAAAGCAACAGAUAAUGGUGCGCCAUUAACAAGGAUGCGAUAAAAGACUGCGCACACACCGAGCGCUGUA